AUGGGAUUCGGGAGUUGGCCAAGCCCGUAUGCGUUGAAGUUGGUAACUGUGGGUGAGAGUAAGUACGGCUCACAAUAUGUGAAUCCGUGUGCGUGGCCGUCCGUGGUGGUGCCGCAAUGUAAGGAGCCGUGUGCAUUGCCGUUUGUAGCGGUGCCUCAAUGUGAGAAGCCUUGUUUGUGGCCAUCUGUGCUGGUGCCGCAAUGUGAGAAGCCAUGUGCUUGGCCGUCUGUAGCAGUGCCACAAUGUGGCCAGUCGUGUGGAUGGCCGUCUCUGUGGUAG